AUGGCGGGGGUCAGCUACUCGCCGCCCUGGUGGGUGAGUCUCCUGCACCGCCUGCCGCACUUCAGCCUGCGCUGGGAGGCCGCCAGCGCCGACUUCCGCCCGGAGGACGCCGAGUACCAGCAGGCCUUGUUGCUGUUUGGUGGUGUUGCCCUGUCCUGCCUUGCUCUGGAUCUCCUCUUCCUCCUCUUCUACUCAUUCUGGCUGUGCUGCCGCCAUCGAAAAAGUGAAGAGCAUUUAAAUGCGGAUUGCUGCUGCACUGCUUGGUGUGUUAUCAUAGCGACCCUUGUCUGCAGCGCUGGCAUCGCUGUUGGCUUCUAUGGAAAUGGGGAGACCAGUGACGGCAUCCACCGGCUGACAUACUCACUGCGACAUGCAAACCGCACGGUGGCUGGGGUCCAAGACCGGGUGUUGGACACUGCAGUGGCCCUGAACCAAACUAUGGAGCCGAACCUGCUGAUCCUUGAGGAGAUGUUCAUGAAACAGACUGAUUACCUGCACGUCAUCCAGAAACUCCAGGGCCUCUUGGAUGAUUUGGUCAGGCAAACAACAGAGAUUCCUUUCUGGAAGAAUGAGGAACUGUCAUUAGAGGAACUGGCUGUUCAGAUUGAUCUAUAUGACUGGUACAGGUGGCUGGGAUACCUGGGCCUACUUCUAUUCCAUGUGCUGAUCUGUUUGCUGGUGCUCUUUGGACUAAUUAGAAAUUCCAAGGCCAUUCUCAUUGGGGUAUGUCUUCUAGGGGUGCUUGCUCUAAUUGUCAGUUGGGGAUCCUUGGGUCUGGAACUGGCUGUUGCAGUGGGCUCCAGUGACUUCUGUGUUAACCCUGAUGCCUACAUCUCUAAAGUGGUGGAGGAUUAUGCAGUGCUCAGUACUGAUACUCUACGCUAUUACCUUGCCUGUAAUGCUGGAUAUCCAAACCCCUUUCAGCAGAAGCUGUCAGGAAGUCACAAAGCCCUGGUGGAGAUGCAGGAUGAUGUGUUGGAGCUGCUCAGGUCAGCCGUCCGAGAGUACCCCACCUCCAAGGAGUACCUUACUCGGAUACAGGAGGUUCUAAACUCCACCGAGAUCAAUUUGCAGCACCUGACUGCGCUGGUAGACUGUCGUAGUCUUCAUUUGGAUUACGUCCAGGCUCUGACAGGCUUCUGCUACGAUGGAGUGGAAGGGCUCAUUUACCUGGUUCUCUUCUCCUUUGUCACGGCUCUCAUGUUCAGUUCCAUUGUAUGCAGCGUCCCACACACUUGGCAGCAAAAAAGGAGCUCGGAUGAUGAUGGGGAGGAGGAAUCUACUGCUCAAGGGAACAGACAAACCCACGAUAAUCUGUACAGGGUGCACAUGCCCAGCCUCUAUAGCUGUGGGAGUAGCUAUGGCAGUGAGACCAGCAUUCCAGCGGCCGCGCACACAGUCAGCAAUGCUCCUGUCACGGAGUACAUGAGCCAGAAUGCAAACUUCCAGAACCCCCGCUGUGAGAACACGCCUCUGAUUGGCCGGGAGUCUCCACCUCCCUCAUACACCUCCAGCAUGAGAGCCAAAUACCUCGCUACCAACCAACCUCGCCCAGACUCUGGCAGUGUGCAUUAAAAACAACGCAGACACAGUAAAACUAAACAAACGUGCCAACUGCUGCUACUCU